AUGCCCGUGUUGUCUACUCGAGAGGAAGGAGGAGCCAGUGGCGCAGCCUUCAACGUAGAUGUUCUGCUAUUCAAUAUCAAUGUCGCACUACUCUGCUUUGCCGGUCUUUUCGUUCUUCUUGCCUUGCCCAGAGCAAUUGCGCGCUUCCUUCAUUCGUCUGAAUGGUUUCAGGGAUGCUUCUUCCAUUCCGUCAAGUUCCCCGCGUCCAGUCGCUUUCUUCGCACCAUCAAGCUCGACACGAACGUCUCCAGUGCAGAGAAGUUGGCUGAACUGCGUGCUAUAGAGAGCACGUCUUCGUUUUCGCAUUAUACUCACGAUGGUCCUGCGGUCUCGGCCGUCAAAGUCACCAUGACGGAUAGGAUGCCUGCGCACAUGCCUGGUUGGACUUCGAUGUUCCCAGCGAUUACCGCGGCUCUUUCAUGGAAGGUCAGGCCGGGCUACUCGGUCGGGGAACUAGUCAUUCUACUUGCAUAUACCGUCGUCAUGUUCUAUGCCUCCCUCGUGAAUGUCGACCUAUUCACCGAUCCCGUCCGCCUCGGUAUGGUUCCGACGAGCCAAUUUCCAGUCCUGUAUAUCAUGGCAACAAAGAAUAACGUUUUUGGAGCUCUUAUUGGCAUGGGAUAUGAGAAGCUAAACUAUCUGCAUCGCUGGGCUGGUCGGCUUGUCGUCCUAUCCGUCAACCUCCAUGCUUUAGGUUAUUUCGCGAUCUGGUCCCAGAACGCCGGCGGCAUAGCAGCAGAGAUGGACACGAACAUAAUAUGGGGUUGUGUCGCGCUCGGAGCCAUGAAUAUAUUGUUCCUAUUCUCCCUCACGGCCGUCCGGCAGACGUGCUAUCAACUCUUCUUCGUCUCUCAUGUCGUCUCUGCCAUCGUCGUGCUCUUUGGAACGGUAUAUCACUUUGAUUGGGCACUUCCCUACGCGAUCAUAGCUUCGGUCCUGUAUGGCUUUGACCGACUCGUUCGGAUGAUCCAAACCCGCAUCACCUCAGCGCACCUACGGCCCAUUCCCGAACUCGGAAUGACCCGCAUCGAGAUUCCGUCUGUUAAUGCCGGAUGGCGUGCAGGAGACCAUGUUCGCAUCAGGGUGUUGUCUGCCGGCAUGGGAACCAUCGGAUGGGCCGAAAGCCACCCCUUCACCAUUGCGAACGUGAGCAAGAAUCGCAAUGGCGAGGGCUUGGUGCUGCUUUGCAAGAAAGCCGGGGAUUGGACGUCAAGGCUGUAUGACACUGCAAUGCGAUCUGAAUACGGCGAAGCACCUGGAAUAGGCCGGACUGUGAAGGUCGUGCUCAACGGUCCCUACGGUGGCCCCGGACACGCAAUGGUCACGAGUUUCUCGGGAGCCAUGCUUGUCGCUGGUGGUAGCGGCAUCACAUAUGCCCUCGCUACUGUGCAGGAGAUGUUGCAGAAGAGCACCGAGAGCGCAAGCCAUGUGCGCGUCAUCGAGCUCGUGUGGAGUGUGACUGAUCCAUCCGCUCUCUUCCCCAUGCUGCCUCUCUUCAAUACCCUGCUCUCUGACGCACAGUCGACCUACACCUCGCUCCGCAUCUCCGUGCACUACACCAGGGCCAUUAUCUCUGCGGACGUCCUCAAGCCAUUCGAGCGACUCCCGCUCGGACUGACGCUCUCGCCCGGCCGUCCAAAGCUACUCAAGAUCCUAGAAGGCAUCAGCGACCGGACCGGCCAGUCGAACGGCGUGGAUGGCACUCUCACGGGUGUGCUGGCGGGCGUUUGCGGCCCGGCCGCUCUGGGCGAGGAAGUUGGUAAAGCUGUGCGGCACUUGGAUGGUGAUAGAAGGAGGGCUGUUGGAGGAGUUGAGCUCCACGAAGAGAUUUUCGGCUGGUGA